ACCCCACGAAAUCCAACGACUGCCAGACCGCCACGGCCAUCCCCGGAAGGAAGGAAGGAAGGAAGGGACCAGGGAAUCCACACCCGCGAGCCGCCGCGGCGAAGGGAAUCCACACCCGCGAGGGCGGCGAGGGGAGAGGCCAGGCGAGGGAAUGUUGUGGGAGUGGGAGGACGGCGACGAGGCGGCGCGGACGGGCGAGGAGGUCCCCGUCGAUUUCGACUUCUUCUCCUUCUUCGAGCCCAAGGAUUACUACAAGAUACUGGAAGUCGAUUAUGAUGCGUCGGAGGAGACAAUCAGGUCGAGCUACAUCCGUCUGGCGCUGAAAUGGCACCCUGACAAGAAACAAGGUGAAGAAAAGGCAACAUCCAGAUUUCAGGACAUUAAUGAGGCCUACCAAGUUCUUAGCAAUCCAGUAAAACGGCAGGAGUAUGACAAGAAAGGUGUUUUAUACGUUCAGGAUCAGAAUGCAGCGGAUUACCUGAACCGACACAAGGGUUUAAUACUUACAUGCAAUGGCCUUGGUGUAAGGUACUCGGUGUGGUGAGCUUUCUCAGGGGGACAAGAGUCCGCGUCUAUGUGCGGUCGUGGCUGAUGUGUGUAGUUGUAACUUGUAAAAUCUCAUCUAGUUUACAAAGUUUAGCACAGUACUACCAUCUGGUGGGGGCUUAGCGUUUCAUCCUACAAUAGACAUGAUUUAUAUUUGUUGAUUGUCUGUUGUAGGUUGCAGGAGGCAUAGAUGCCCUAUCUCGCACAUUUGCUCCUGAAACACUGUUCCCAUCCUAUGAAAUGAAAGCAUCUGUGUUCAUGAAUGCCUUGCCAUUUUA